UUUUAUUGACGUGUAUACAACUUGUUAGGGUUGGCGAGGCAUCUCUUAUCUUGGGGAUUAUGCAAAGUAUUUAAAAGAUGUUAUGAAAACGAAAUCAAAUAAGGAAGCCAUUGUUCGAUACUUAAAGAUCCCUCCAGAAGAUUUAUUAGGUUAUGAAUAUGGUUUACGAAAGGGAGCUGUCUUUCAACCAAGUUAUUUUGUGUCUUAUGACCAAGCACAUGAAGCUGUUGUCCUCGGUAUCCGUGGCACUUGGAGCUUGUAUGAUUGCAUUACAGAUCUUGUCUGUGAGUAUAGACCCUGGCGAGGCGGAUUGAUUCAUUCUGGGUUAUUAGCAUCUGCACAAUGGUUUUUUACGAGGAUCAUACCACAAAUAUUCUUGUACAUUGGUCAGCAAAAGACUAGACCUAUUUCAUCCUUCAUCAUCACAGGUCACUCCUUAGGUGCAGGCACAGCCUCUAUCCUGACGAUGAUGGUUGCAGAUCACUUGGAUCAGUUAAGAGAGCUAUCCAACAACCCAGACUUUAAAGUGCGCUGCUUUGCAUAUGCUCCCGUAGCUAGUGUUUCUUUAGAACUCUGUGAAAAGUACAAAGAGUUUAUUGAUAGCUUUGUAUGUCAUGAUGAUAUCGUUGCCAGAUUAUCGUAUGGCGCUGCAUCCUGUGCUAAAGAGCUCAUCAUGGACUCAGUCAUUGCCGUGGACGGGUUAGGAGGAAGCAGCAAGGUGAACUCGAAUCCGACACUGCGAAAAGAGUGCUUUGACAUCCUCCAAGCACGUAGAAAAGAGAUCUAUUAUGGAAAGGAGCCAAGAUACCCACUUUUAUACAUUCCAGGCCGCGUCUAUCAAUUCAGACGUCAGCCGAAGCCUAGCAACCCACAUCUCAAAAAGUUCUCAACCCAACCUUUGCCUGGAACAACGACGAGCAGAAGAAAAUCAUUUGCAUCCAGUGCGUCUGAGCCCAAUUUGAAUUUACCCAAGAAAGAAGAUAACACAUGCUCAUUUACCCUUCAUCAUUCUUCAUCCAUGUUAUCUGAGGAAGUUGUCAUUUCAAAAACGUGUCUAGAAGACCAUAUGGUCGUCACUUAUCUCAAUGCAUUUCAAACUGUACGUCAAGAUUGCAUGCGCCAAGCCGCUGCUCGUAAACGGACAGAUAGCGAAACAAACUCAUUCGUCUCUUCUUCAUCUACAUUGAAACAGUCAUCAUCAUCAUCCCCUUCCUCAUCAAAAAUCAAGUUAAACGAUUUAUCUUCUUCUUUUAAUCAUUUAGACGAAGAAGGUAUUGUUAAAUAAAUAUCAUUUCUAUUUUGUUUGCGUAUAUCUUUAUUUAAAUCAAUAGUUUUUCUUGGAUUGAGCCUUCUUUCGCCUAUCA